UGGAAAGCUCGGUUCCAAACAGGCUCGUAUAAGAGACUAGAAAAAACCCUAAUCCACCUCCUCCUGUAUAAACGAGCUCCUGCGCCUCCAUCCAAGGGUUCCUACGCCGCAUUGGAACGCUCGGGCUCCCACUACUUCGCAGUAGUUCUCCCACUCAAAGCUCCCAACCAUGGUGGCCGCCAAGAAGACUAAGAAGACUCAUGAGAGCAUCAAUAACAGGCUCGCCCUCGUCAUGAAGAGUGGCAAGUACACCUUGGGAUAUAAGACCGUCCUCAAAUCACUGAGAAACUCCAAAGGGAAGCUGAUCAUUAUUGCCAACAACUGCCCUCCUCUACGGAAGUCCGAAAUAGAGUAUUAUGCAAUGUUGGCAAAGGUUGGAGUUCACCAUUACAACGGGAACAAUGUUGAUUUGGGGACUGCUUGUGGAAAAUAUUUCAGAGUAUGCUGUCUCAGCAUUAUUGAUCCUGGUGAUUCUGAUAUCAUCAAGAGCAUGCCUGGUGAACAUUAAGCCCUGAAUUGUAGCAAGUCUAGAUUUUGGUGGUUUUAUCCUUUUUUGGAAUUUGAGAGGAGUCUUCUGUUUCAAGGCAAAGCUUUUAUGUUAACUGAAAUAAUUUGAGUAGUGACUAAGUUGCCUUGAUGGUGUUUUUAAUAGUAAUGUGGUUGGGACUAAUGUUUUAUGUUUUAGUUUGUACGAGUACAAAAUCAUAUGAAAGACUUGGAUCUUUGUUUCCAUA